AUGGACAGUGAGCACAAUGAAACAUAUGGCGUUGUCUUGCUUGGAUUCAUCUACAGUGCUGAUGAAAGGGGAUUGAUUGUCCCUUCUUUAGUUUUUCUUCUCUUCCUCGGGGUUUCUGCUAACCUGCUCAUCAUUUUCAUCAUCUACUCCAAAAGCUACUUAAGAACACCCAAGAACAUACUCAUCUGCAACCUCUGUGCUGUAGAUCUCUAUGGCAUCAUUACAACCUGUCCUUAUUUCAUCAUCAAAUUUGUUAUGGGUGAUUUUAGCCCAAUGAACACAAAACUCUGUUUGAUGCAGUACUACUUCUAUGUUGUCUACAGCUGCCUUUCUGUUUUUAUUGUGACUUUGAUGGCUGUGGACAGGUACUAUGUCAUCUGCAACCCCUUUGAGUAUGAAAUGAAAAUCACAAACAAGAGGGUUGUAUUAUCUUUAGCGGUAUCUUGGGUGUUUGCCUUUUUUUACCCUAUGUUAUAUGCGUUUAGUUACAUUGGGCAUGAAUCUUGCCGUCAGGUUUUAUCCUGCAGCUUCAUGUGUACAGGCAGCUCUUUGGAGGAGAGCAUGUGCACACCCAUCACCUUUCAAAGGUUCUACAGGAUCUUCAUGUUCACAUUUCACUUGGCAGCAUGUGUUGUCAUGGUCGGCUUCUCCUAUGUCAAGAUUCUGAAAGAAUCACGAAGUGCCCGUCUCAGUGAGUCUUCGCGCAAGGCUCUCAGCACGGUGGUCACUCACAGUAUUGUACUUGCCAUCUUCUUUAUUACCUCUCUCCUCCUUAUAGUCACCGGAAGUCUCACAACAAACAAUGAUAAAGAAGCCAUUGCUCUUAUUCGAAUCUCCACUGACCUGAUCUACUUCAGUGUGCCUACCUCAUUCAACCCUGUCAUUUAUGGCUUGAGAAAUGAUGAUAUGAGGAAAGAGUUACUAAAAUUACUCAGACGAAAAAAGCACACUAAUGAGAUUUGCAGUGCUACAAACAGGAAAGGGAGCAUUCCCGUUGAUUCCAGAAUGAUCUCUAGGUUUUUUGCAGGUGUCAGUUUAUUUAAGAAGGUUCGUCCAACAGUAAAUCCUGUUAUAAAAGCAAUGCCUCCAACAUAUACUGUAUGUAGAUAA